AUGUUCUUGAUAUCUAAUCUUCAUCAACCUAUUCAUCAACCAAUACCUCCACCCAUACCUCCACCCAUAGCUCCAUUCAUUCCUCCACAUAUUCCUGCAACCAUUCCUCCCAACCGUUUAGAGGAAUUGGAUUUAAAUGAUUUGAGCGUUGAAUUAAAAGACGUUAAAUUCACUUACGAUAAGUCGAAGGGAUUGCUAUUGAAUAACAUUAACAUGUCUUUCCCCAGAAGUGCUAUUUACGGACUUCUGGGUCCGAGUGGUUGCGGAAAGACAACACUAAUCAAACUGAUUGUCGGCCGACUCUCGCCGUCGAGCGGAACCGUUCGCCUCAACGGUCGGCCGCAGAGCGACCCAAACAACAGAAUACCCGGCGUUGGAGUCGGAUAUAUGCCUCAGGAAAUAUGUCUUAACGGAGACUUCACUAUAUAUGAGACGUUAAACUAUUUCUCAAAAAUCUAUGGAUUGCCAGAGGAUUACAAGAAACAGAGAAUCGAUUUUGUGAUCAAAUUCCUCGAUCUUCCGGACCGGAACCGAUUGGUUGGAGUUCUUAGUGGCGAUCAAAAGAUUAUGGCUUCGUUGGCGGUGGCCAUCAUUCAUAAGCCUCCGCUUCUCAUACUCGAUGAGCCAACUGUUGGCGUCGAUCCAGUGCUCAGAGAGAGAAUUUGGGAACAUUUGCUGAAUCUGUCGAAAGAGGAGAAGACAUCAAUUAUGAUAACCACUCAUUACAUCGAAGAGUGUCGUCGCGCGCACGCAAUCGCACUCAUGAGGAACAGUAAGAUUCUGGUGGAGAACUCGCCGCACAUCCUAUUGACAGACAUCGGGACCGACAACUUGGAGGACGUCUAUCUCUUAGUCUGUAUGGCCGACGGCCAGACACAAGUCGGCGUUGCGUUGCCGCCAACGAUAACCAGCAUGAGAUCCAACGCAUCCAAUGGCCAACACUUACAGACCUUAAUCAGUGGUCAGACAAACACAGUCUCGCACUCGACUAAAACUGUUCAGAGAUUCGGCGCUUUGAUUGAGAAAAACUUCAUUAAUCUUUAUCGACAGAAAAUGCAAUUCUUAAUACAGAUAGUGAUGCCAAUGAUAGGCAUCGCAUUGUUUUGCGCCUGUAUUGGCGUUUUAGGUGGCCUUCAAGACAAUAGUCCCGUCGCAAAGAAAUUGAGCAAAAUAUUUCUAAAUCGUAUUAAUACCAAAACUAUACUUUUUUUGAUCACGUGUUAUCUGUUGGCCAUCGGAUUGACGGCUCUGUCGACUAUCACCGAACGCAGAGAAGGACUUCUGGAGCGAUCACUUGUGGCCGGCGUUCAUAUGUACGAGAUAUUGAUGUCACACGUCUUCGUCCAGAUUAUUAUUCUCGUCUUUCAGACCAGUUUUGUGAUGAUAACAGUGUUUAUGUUCUUCAAAAUCGACUGCAAAGGCAGUUAUCUUCUGACCAGUUUUGUGAUGAUAACAGUGUUUAUGUUCUUCAAAAUCGACUGCAAAGGCAGUUAUCUUCUGGUGUUUCUCUUAUCCAUACUUCAGGGCAUAUGUGGGAUGUGUUUCGGUCUAUUAAUGUCAGCCAUAGCCGAGAACACGAGGACAGCGCUCAUCAUAAUAGUGGGCUCUUUGAUGCCAUAUCUCAUUAUUUCGGGUAUUGUUUGGCCGCUCAGAGCUGCCGUAAAGUCGGUCUCCAAAACCAAUCGAUUCUUCAGAGCCAUAGGAAUGAGCCGUACGUUAAGUGGCUUUCAAAUGGUUAAGAGAGAUCUGAUUGGGACGGACGGCACCAGACCUACAGCGCCGGGCAAUAAAGGCCGGGGCAGAGGAGGAGGUGGGGGUCGACUGGUUGUGGCCGGCAUUGUGUUGGGAGGGCUCGCCUUCUGCGCCAAUAAAUACUUUUGCGGACACAAGAAAUCACGU